AUGUCUGUCGUGGAAGAGGAGAUGAGAGGACCUAUCAAAGUUAUGGACACAUACGACCCAAUCUUCGACUCCGAAUCCGAGGAUGAGGACUGCUUGUACACUGUCAUUGACGUCGCCGCCGAUGAAUAUCGGCAAGCACUGAACAAGACAAGCUGCUUCUCGGGUGCCGCCCCGCCGACCAAAUCGCAUUUAUCGCUCGACGAGUUCACCAAGUUGGCAAAGGAAAUUCUCGACAAUUACUUUGUCAAUCGUGAGACAUUCGACCUUUCCAAGGCGCUAGAGGAGCUAAACUGCAGCCAGUAUCUCGACUCCUUUCUGGUGCUCGCUAUCCAAUCUUCUCUGCACCGAUCAACGGACGAACAGAGAUGCAUAUCGGCAUCCCUCACACUUCUGGUCGAUAAGCAUCUCAUCAGCAAACAACAGAUGGUCCGAGCGUUCGAGAAACUGAUCCAGUCUGCAAGCAGCAUCGACCUAGAUACUCAGCCCAACCCGGACCGAGUGUAUCUGUUCCUCGACUGCGCGGUUCUGGACGGCUGCGUGGAUGAAAGCUAUGUUCGUCGUCUGCCGGAGAAGUUCCUGGACUCGCUCUCGCCUGAGACGCUCGAUGCCAGUGGGCAUCUGGUAGAAAGCCUCCAAAACUUGAAGACCUUCAAGGAGGCUGUCAGGAAUUUCUUGCCCGACUUUUUCAAUUCAGGCAGCGUCGAGGAAAUGAAGUUCUUUCUGGACGAGCAGAACCAGCCUCUGCUUCAACACGAAUUCGUCAAGAUGGUCGUGGAGGCGUCGUUCUCCAAGGAAAACGAACACCGCGAGAUGGUCAGCAACGCGCUGGAUCGGCUGUAUGGGAAGUUACUGAAGCCGGAUGACAUCCAGCUUGCUUUCGCUCGCCUUGUGGGCGACGUCGAAGACGACUCUCUGGACAACCCGGAUGUCUACUAUCUUCUCGCCAAAUUUCUGGCGCGGGCCGUAGCAGACGAGAUUUUGCCGCCGUCUUUCCUGGUCGACCGGUACCGCCUGAACUACGGCGGCGAUGGGGGCAUGCAGGUCCUGAAACAAGUGCAAAAGUGGCUGGUCGAACAAAAUGGCAAAGGCGUCAGUGUGAGGCUUCGAAAGGUGUGGACGGGGACCGACCCAGACAACGCAGAGGCGUGUGAAUUCAAGGCACGUGUGCGCGAGUGUCUCUACGAAUAUUUCGACAGCAACGACAAACAGGAAGCCGCUCGCAUCCUUCGCGAGCUCGAACUGUCUCCAGACCAGGCAGCGGAAAUGGUUCGGAAGCUUCUUGUCAUAAGCAUGGAGAAGGCUGCAGCGGGCGAGCCGACGACUGAGCAUGUUUUUGCGUUGCUCAGUUACUUGCUGGAAAGGACAGAUAUCGACGAGGAAAUGAUUCAAAAGGGCUUCGAGCAGACGCGGAACUUGACUGAGGAGAUCAAACUUGACAUUCCUGACAUGGAUCGACGAUUCCCGCAACUUGUGGAAGAGGCAAAGAAGCGAGAUAUGCUGCCCGCUGGGUUUUGA